AAUCUAAUAAUUUAAACACAAUUGUUUAUUUGCCAAAAAGUUUGCAUGCCAUUUAGUGAGACACCAUCAAUACUAAUGCACAUGUGUCAUACUAGAGGACCUUUUUAUAAACAUGAUUUAUUAAUGAAAUUACAAAUGUUUAAAUCAAUAAAAAUUAAUAAAAGUUUGAUGCUUAAUCGACUGACAUUGGUGUGGCCUCUUCCUUACUUUCUUCGAUUGGUUCAUUGCAGAUUUUUGGGCCAUAGAGAAGCAAAUACUAGAAAAAUUAAAAAAUGAAAUUUUAUAGCUUGUAAAAAGUAAAUUAAGGCACAACUUACAGCAACAUGCCAGUCUCCACCGCCAGACAAGCGAAGAAUUUCAUCAGAAGCCAUUGGCGUGACUGUGUCAUCGUCAAAUUUAUGCCAUUUAUCGCCUUUAUGUCUAACCCAGCCCACAUAAUGUCCAGACGAUGAACUUCGACCUUGAUGAGUCAAAACAGCUUGUAAUGUAUAAAAGCCAGAAUUAUUGCUUCCUAAAUCCUCGUCAAAAUAGUACUGCAAUGCUCGUGUCUUCUUCUCCUCAACCUUAUCGCCUUUCAUCUUAAUUUGAUCCUUUUCUAUUACAGCUGCAUCCUCAAUUUCCUUGAACUUUGUUCUCAUUGGAAUCAAUUUUUGUUGCAAUUCGGGAGAACAAAGAUCAAAAGCAUCAAACUCGAGUGGAAAUUUAAUAUCCUUUAAUACCUUUGCAUUAAUACCUUCCUUUCCUUUAUAUUGAAAUCUAACAAAAUUAAUGGUUAAAUAUGCUGGCAAUCGACUAAUGAGUGACUGUUUCGUAUAAAUAGCAUCACGUUCGAGCGUAGGUGAGCGCUUUGUUAUUUGUUCAUUUAAGCGUAAACGUAAACCACUGUGCAUAUAUUUUACUUCCUGAUUAAUAAAACAGCUUAAUUGAAGAAAGUUCUCCUUCAACUUUGACGGUUCCUCGUCUUCAGAUUCAGUACAUUUCAUAGAGCAGUCAAAAGUACCGCCGAAAAAUUGCUCAAUAAAUGAUGGAUACGAUGUUGUGCUUGUUUCACUAUUACGAGUCGGCAGUUUUUGUUGGAGCAUUUUUAAUAAUUCAACCCAGCAUUCAUUUGCAUCUUGUUGACGAUAUGUUCCUUUCUCGCCAGUUUGAGCGAAUUGUGGAAAUACAGCAUGUAAUGUCUGCAAUAACAUAAUUGGCGUAACCGUUGCACUUCUUUCCAUUUGGUCGAAAACACCUUUCAUUGCAAGAGUAAUUGAUUGCGGUGCUGCAAAGCCAGCUUCUUGCUUAAACUCUUUUAAACAUUCACGCAACUCCGGAACCGAUCGAAGACAUUGAACCACAGCAUUUAAAUAACAAGUAUUGCCUAAAUUUACUAAGCCUGGCGGCAGUUCAAUAGCUUGAGCAAGCUCACUUUCACUCAUAUCCUCAAUAAAUUUCGUUUUCUCAACUGGUGCCACUAAGAUCUCUUCUGAUGUUCCUAAUAAAAGAAUCACAGCGCCCUAAAAAAUAUUUGACAAUAACAUUAAUAGUAUGUAGCAGUACUGUAAUUUAGUCAUAAACAAAGAAAAAGUAAGGAAUGACUAAGCAGAAUUUUUGAGUGACCAAGACUUACAUUUUUCAAUGGGAUGUUCCACUCGUCGUCUUUAAGAGUCUUUCCAGCACACAUAAUCUUUUGACGCUCUGCGAAUUUGAUUAAACUUUAAUUAAGCAAAAAUGUUGUAAACAAAAGGAUCAAAAUGUCAAAUGUCAAUGAUAAUGCUUGUUCUUUGGGUAUUUUGAAUGACUGGAUGUUUGGGUAGUUAUUAAUUAUGCUGAUUAAUGAGUGAUACUUACCGACUGGUACACAUGAUAAGGUAAAUAGCUGAGCCUUGAAUUCUAAGACACUUUCGUCGGUAUUUACAACCUAUUUUAGCAAAAAAUUAAAGAAACUCAUUUAAAACGCAUUUCUAGUUCAUUGUAUUAAUUACAGUCGACUAAUAUCCAUUUUGUAUAGAUAUUGGCAGGCAAUAAGUGACUUUAAAAACAGUACUUUCUGUAUUGAUUGCGAAAUUGCUGAAAUACUCACAACAUUUGUAAAUGUUUCCUUAUUCCAUUUAACUUUUACUGUAUAAUUUGGCAUCUUUGAUCCUUACUGCCUUUAUAUCAAGUUGUGAAUGAUAUCUGCUAAGCUAGAGCUCUAAAUUGGAUGAUUUUGAUAUGAAUUAAAUUAAAUGAAAUUUUUGCAGUAAUUUCUUGUUAAGUAAUUUUUCAACGGAUUUUUUGAACCAAAAAAUAACAUGAAUUAGCCCGUGACUUUUUUUGAAUUUUUGAAAAACGUUAAACUGCUAAUAAUUCAAAUUUUUAAAGAUCCCUAAAACCAUCUUGCCAAUGGAAGCACCUAAAAGCCUUAAAAUUCAAGACUUGAUAACAACGAGGGGGUAGUCUACUUGAGUAGUUGUUUUGUUUUAAAAAUUCGUUCUCAAAUCGAAACUAUUCAAAUCUAGGACCCCUAGUAGAAGAAACCACAAUUCUUUAAUUAAAGAAAACUGAUAGAAUACGGCUGAAUAAUUCAAGAAAAUUAUUAAUGCUAUGUAAAUAAGACUUUAAUCUAUAUAUAGCACAUAAAAGAACAUUAUUUAAAGUUAAAAAAGAGGUAAAAUUUUUAAAAAGAGAAAAAAGCGGAAAAAUUUAUGAACAUUAUUUUGAAAAUGUAAAAUAUUGAAAAGUGAAAAAUAACAACAACAAAAAUAAUAGAAAAACAAUCCAUAAAAACAACAUUUACAACAAAAACAAACGAUGGAAGAGAAUCUUUUUAAGGAUGUCCAAGUCGUGUCUGUUGCAGCGAAUGAAGAAGCACCUGAUUUAGUGUAUAUAGAUGACGAAGAAGAAGAACCGCGAGCAUCAGGUAUGACAGCAAUAAAAAUUGAAUUAAGGGAAGAAGAUCCAAAAAGAUCAAGCACACCGUUUGACAUCGACAAUGAUAAUUCAAUGGACAUUAAAAUGCCAUCACUUAACGAACAGAAAAUAUCAGAAGAAGGAACUUCCAGUGAAGCCACAGAAUCUUACAAAACAUGCAUUGUUGAAAGUGAAUUUCUGAAAACACCAAUUGAACUUGAUGACGAUUGCUCGAUACAGGAACAGGAACAAUUUGAAAUUGUUGAAAAUGUCGAGGAAAAAGACACAAGUACAGACUCAACAAAUGACAGUACACGAGCUAAUAAGAGUAACGAAAGUAAUGAUCAUUCUUACUCGCAACCACCACCAAAAGAACCUAAUUCAUUCUGUGAUGACAUUGUUAAGAAUAUCCUGCAAGAAGCAAAUCUAUCAACUAGUAAAAAUGCAAUAAUUUUGCUUAAAGAAUACACAAAAUUCUUUGAAAACUUGACAAAUGAGCAUCAGCAUUCACAAUUGUCACUUUAUCUCAAACAAAUGAUGUUCUCGCUGGAUAAUAAUGAAAAUGAAAUAUUAACUAAACCAGAUGAAGUUCCUGAUGAAACUGUACAGGCUACAGAGUUCGUUGACAAGUCCAAAAACGAAAAUUCAAGUGCAGAAAAUCAAGUAGAAAUCGACAAGACAUCAGAAUCAUUAAAAUCUGAUGAAUUGGUCGCAUCUAUCGAGAUGGAAAUGUCUUGUAGUGAUAUAUCAAUGAGAAGUGAAGUAAUUCAAGUUAAGCAAGAAGUUAUGGAAAUAAAUACAGGUAAUACAGUGAUGGAAAAUAAGGAAGAAUGUAAAGUCAAUGGAACUAUAGACGAGGAAGCAGACAAAUUAAAAGUAUACGUUAAUAAAGCACAAGAAAAGACUGCUGAAUUCUGUGAGAAUAAUCAAAAGCUAUUAGAUUCUGUCUUUGUAACCGAAGAAGAUGUCGAAAACGGAAAUUCUAAGUUCACGACAUCUCUGUACAAUUUUAUAUCAUUCAAUGUUGCAUUAAUGAUGGCUAUUGACAACAAAUCAGACGAGGACAAAUCGCUGAUCGACAAUGAAAUCAAUAAGAUCAGAAACAAUAUAUCAAAAUCCAGGAGAACAUCGAAUAACAUUGAAGUAACAGCAGAUGAUGUCGCUGGACCUUCAAGGAAAUCAAGCAUAGACGAGAAGACAUUAAAAUCUAGAAAAUCAUCUGUCAGUAGCUUAGACAAGGAUUUAAGCGAUAGUGAUAGUGAUAGUUCCGUCAAUCGUCUAACAAAUUUAAAGUCUUUAGAUCAAAAAAGGUACGAAACACAAAAAUCACAGAAUGCAGCAGUAAAAUCAACUCAAAAGGCAAAGAAAAAGACUAAAGAAAAUUCAGAUGACUCGUCUGUACACAGUGAAUCCUCAGAAAGUGAGUCUGAAUCGCCUAAAAAGAACGACAAGAGUGACGAUGAAGGAAAAUCAAGUGAAGACGAGGAACUAAAAUUAAAGCAAAGGCUUGAAAUGAAAGCUCGAAACGAUUUACUAGCAAGUUCAGAUGACGAUGAAGACGAGGAAUCAUAUGUCACAUCCCAAACAUCAGAUUUUAGUACCGAUGAUGAUCGAAUUGGCAGUAAAGCAUUAAAAAAGAAGAAGAAACAUGCCAAAAAGCUUGAAUUUAGUGACGAAGAAAUGUCUGACAAGAAUGAAAAAUCUAAGGAACUAGAAUCAAGUCCUAAAGUAAAUGGAGAUACUCCACAAAUGGAUAUAAGUACAACAAAAAGUGAUGAAAGCAUGUUUGACGUUAAGGAAAAUGGUGAGGAUAAAAAGUCGAGAAAAAGGCACAGAAAAUCAAGUUUUGAGCGGGAAAUCUUCAAUAAAAGUCUUUUGAAUGACUCAGACGAUGAAUCAAGUGGCAACGAAAGUGAUAAAAGUGAUGGACAACAAGCAACAAAGAAGAUGAAGAAAGGAUCACAAAAUAGUUCAAAAAGGAACAGCAUUGAAGGUCCAAAAACGAGUGUUGUAGAUUUAACACAACCAAUUAAUAUUCGCGCAGACAGAAUGGCACCAACUUUAGAAAAAUAUCUUGAGAAAAUAUCAAGCAAUGCUGAGGAUCUAACAACAACUGAACAACCAUUAAACAGCAUGAAGGUCGAUUCAUCGCCAAAGAAAAAUGACACACAAAAAUCAUCAAAAGCUCCGUCCCCCACAUUAGAUGAUAUAGAUUGCAUUAGUAUAAGUUCAGAGAGCGAUAGUGAAAUAAGCUCGACAAUUUCGGAAGGAACCACAAGACGUCGUAAACAAUUAACAGAAGAGGAACUGAAAGAAGAAACUAAAAAGGCAAAACGUGAUGAAAAUGAGCGUGUAAAAAAGCUGGAAGAUAAGGAAAAGAAAAUGACACAAUAUUUAACACAAAGGUUGUCACAGAGUGAUGUAAUAGCUGCAGAUGAAUUGGUGCUUGAUUACAGUGAAGAAAAGAAUUUGGCAGUUGUGGUUCAUGAGACACUUGUUGGAAAGUUAAAGGAUCAUCAAGUUGAUGGCAUCAAAUUCAUGUACAACAAUUGCUACGGAUCGGUUGACGAAGUAAAAGAAAAUAAUGGUUCAGGUUGCAUUUUAGCACAUUGUAUGGGUUUAGGAAAGACACUUCAAUUGAUAGCUCUAUUGCACACAGUCACUCGUUAUCCUGAAUUACAUACAAAACGAAUUCUCAUAAUUUGUCCAAAAUCAACAAUCCAUAAUUGGGUCGAAGAGUUCCGAAAGUGGUUAAAUGGACUUGAUAAUAAACCGGUUGUGAUAUAUUUAGAGGAUAAUUUAAGGAUUGAAAAGCGAAUAGACAAACUAAGGGAAUGGUUUGAGUCAAAGCGACCGAGUGUAUUCCUUAUCAAUUAUGAAUCAUUUAGAAUAUUAGCAAAUUGGAGUGGAUCACAUAAGCGUAGCAAAAUUGCACUACCUGAGGAAACGACAAAAAAAUAUAAGCAACAAAUCUCAAAGUAUUUAUUAAAUCCAGGACCGCACAUUGCUAUUUGUGAUGAAGGACACAUUAUUAAGAAUCAAAAAGGAGCCACAAAUCGUGCAAUUACAAAAGUCACAACACGUCGACGAAUUAUAUUAACAGGAACUCCAGUACAAAAUGCACUUCAUGAAUAUUAUGCGAUGGUUGAAUGGAUUAAACCAAAUAUUCUCGGUACUAUUCAUGAAUUUAAUAACAUUUACGCGAAUCCAAUUAAAGAUGGACAGAAUAAAGACUCGACAGAUCAUCAAAUUAAGAAAAUGAAGCAAAAAUCGUAUGUCCUUAAUAAGAACUUGUCGAGAUUUGUUCAACGUAAAGAUGCUCAAGUACUUAAAGAGUUUCUGCCUAUGAAAUAUGAGUAUUGUAUCUCUAUUCCAUUAACAAAAGUCCAGGAACGACUUUAUAAUUCAUGCUUGCAAGCUAAUCGUGAUGAUCACAUGGGACGAAAUUUACUUCCAAUUUAUACAGCACUUCGUAAGAUCUGGACACAUCCUCGUGUAUUACAAUAUGCAUACGAACGUGCUAAAAAGGGUGAGCAUAAAUUUUUAAGUAAUCAACAGCAGCAGCAGCUACAGACACAAAAGGAAACAAAGAAAUCACAAAAUGUAUUUAAUGAGGAAGAAGGCGACGAACCUGAUGAUAUUUUCGAUACUAGUCAAGGCACAACAGCUGUCACAAAUAAUUGGUGGAAUAGCAUGCUCACGGAAACUGAUAUGAACUCCUUAACAUCAUCACACAAAAUGAUAUUACUUUUUGAGAUCCUACGACUUUGUGAAAUGAAGAAGGAAAAGAUUCUGAUAUUCUCAUCAUUUGUUGCUGUCCUGGAUAUUAUUGAAGGAUUUAUGAAAGCUAUUCAUAAUCAGGAUACAAAUCCCAAUGCUAAGCUUUACGGAUUAGACAAAUACAAAACGACAUGGGAACUAGGAAAAGAUUAUUUUCGUCUUGAUGGAUCAACACCGCGAAAUGUUCGUCAAGAAAUGAUUAACAUGUAUAAUAACUCGCCAAGUCCGCGACUUCGAUGCUUCUUGAUCAGUGCAAAAGCUGGUGGUCAGGGAAUUAAUCUAGUUGCUGCUAAUCGUUGCAUUAUUAUUGACACUUCUUGGAAUCCCGCAAAUGACAAUCAAAACAUUUUCCGAAUCUUCCGUUUGGGUCAGAAAAAAACAUGCUAUGUCUAUCGACUUGUUGCUGCAUCUACAAUGGAAGAACGAGUUUAUUCAAGAAGUGUGACAAAGGAGGCAAUGAGCCAUCGAGUUGUGGAGAAGAAGCAGAUUGAUCGACAUUAUGUUCGAACUGAACUUGAAGAACUAUUCGUUCCAUAUGAGCUGAAGCCACAGGAAAAGACACCAAACUUCCCAUGUGAUGACAUUCUCAGAUAUCUGAUACACGCACUUCCAAAGUCAGCAUACAAUUUUCAUGAACAUGACAGUUUAUUGGAAAAUAAGCCAGACCAAGAGUUGAAUGAGGAUGAAAAGAAUGAGGCAUGGAACUCAUAUUUGGCCGAAUUGCAAGGAAAUCGACAUCAGCUUCAGAAUAAUAAUCCUAAUAAUCAACUUAUGGGAGCUUUUGGAAAGAGUCAAAUGCCUGCAGACUUUAUGAACCUUUAUAACUUGAUGCAAUCACCAACAAACUUUAGCAAUUUGGCAGGAUUAAUGCCAUCGACAUCACUAUCUGGACUAGACACAUUAGCAUUAGGAAAUAUGGCAGUUGCUGCGACAUCAUCGUACAAUGCAAAUAACAUUCCACCUGCUUCAAAUAGUAUUUUUGCACCGCCAGUAUCUGGUAAUAGUAAUAAUAAUCAAUCAUUAGUGCCAACAAUGAUGCUAUACAAUGCAGCACAAACGUCAGGUUCAUCACAGAUUAAUAAGAAUUUACCAAAGAAAAAAGUUAAUGAUUUAGGCUACAACAAAAAGGAUACAAAUAAGAAUAAUGUAUCAAAAAGGACUGUCAUUAUGGAUCCAAUGGUUGUGCCACCAAAUAGUUCAGAGAAUUUAUCGAUACUGCCUGAUGAUCAAACACCACCGAAAUCUAUUGCAGGUACGUCAGCUCGAACAUUACCAAAAGCAACAAAUGAUCCAAAGAAAGUCGAAAAAAUCUCAUUAGCUGGUAAGACAUUUAAUGCUGUUAAAGGUUUGGCAGAUAAACUUCUUGGUAAUCAGCGUAGCUUAAUACGUCCAAAUGUUAUUAUGACAAAAACUGGUGACAUUAACAAAAAUCAAUCUAAUGCAGGUAUUGUGGCUCAAAAGUCACUUAGUCCAAAUGUUGGAAAGCCAUCACAAGGCACAGUCAUUCAAAAACCAACAAACUCGACAGUUCAACAAAGAGCAUUAAAUCCUCAAAUUCCAAAUAAUAUUCAAAUUUCAGAAAUGAGGAAAAUUGGCUCAGCAACACCAUGGCUUAAACCGACAAAUAAUAAGACUACGCCUUUAAAUAAGAAACAAAAUCUUGUCACUGUCAGUCCUGCAAUGAAGACAUUAAAUCGUCAGUUAAGCAAAAGUCCAGUAACUCCAAAACUUGUUAAUGUUCCGAAACAAGUAAAUUCUUCAGGUACGCAAAUAAUAAAUCUUGGCAAUAAAACGAGCAAUGAUUCAAUAUCGAUAAUUCGACUUCCUCCUAAAACUAUUCCUCCCGUCCAACCAGUCAAUAAAUUACAAACUGUGACUCCGAAUCUCAAUUUGUCGCAACAAAAAAUCUUAAAUUCACGUCCUACGCAACCUACAAAACAGAUUAUGUCGCCGAAUGUUCCGAAAAUGUUGCAGCAUGAAAAGAGGGUCAUUGAUAAUCAAACAAAUCAGACUCUAAAGCGAAUAAGAAUCGGAGAUUCGAUGUCCAUGUCUCAAAACUCCCAACAAAUUGGUUCACAGCGUUUAAAUACACAACAAAUGGAACCUCAAAGAAGCAAUGCUCAAGUACUAACUCAGCGACCGAAUAUCAAUCAAGCUAGCUUACAACGAGUCACAAGUCAACCAUUAAAUUCACAAGGAAUUCAGAAUUUAUCACGUGUUCAAAAACCUAGUCAACAGUCAAAUAAAACUACUACACAAGCACAACAAUCAGAAGUUGUAGAAGUCGACUAGCAAUUUUGCAGCCAAUCCUCAAUCGACAGCUUUUACAAGACGUGCAAUUCAUUCAUUAUUUUUCUCUGUCAACGAUCAAUCAUUUCAUACUACUUACUAAGUUCAUUUAUUUAAAUUUUUUAAUUUCGAAUAUCAUUGAAGAUUCUUAAAAUGUCAUUUUUUUAUAUAUUGAAAAGGAAGAAGAAAGAAGUAAAAAGCGCGAGAACGCUCAGUGAAAAAGAAGUUUAUGGAAAAAAGAAGAAUAAAGAGCUAUUUUAAACAUAUCAAUUUAUUUUUUAAUUAAUAAGAACAACUUAAACAUUAACAUUGAAUUUUUAAAUGCCUGGUGCGUCUGGUUCCUCUUGCUGUGUUGUUGACUCACUUUGUGACUCGCCAAGAACCUCCAAAACUUGCGAUGUUGCGUGACUUAUUUGAUGUUUAUUCAUUUCACGAGCAUAAUCUAAUAGUGGACUUUUAAGAUCUGGACAGAUUUGGAGAGCAUCUAGUAGUUGUGAUGCUGGCAAUUGAAUAAGGACUCCCAUACUUUGUGGUUGUAGUUUUUGACAGCAUUUAACAAAUCCAUCCCAAAUUAAUUUGCUCUUCCAGACUUGCUUAACAAUCAAUCUUUGCAAUAAAUUUGUUAUAAAUCCUGAUAGACGUGGAUAUAAUGUGUGAGACUGAAUAACUGUUCUCAUUAAAAGCGUCGGCAAUGGAUUCAUCUCAACUAAUUGCUGCAUAACUACUCCAAGAACUUCAUGUGUAUAAACUUCCUUUUCAGCUAUACAUAAAGAUGUGGCUUUCACGAUAAGCUUUAGUUCCGCUUGCGAAGUGUCAAUUGCGUGAAGUGCUACGAGCAGUUCCGUUGGAGUAA